AAUUCAUUUUCUUUAAAGUCGGGAAGAAAGUGCAGAAAGAGAAAGAAAGAGAGAGAGAGAGAGAAAGUUCUGAAAAACAGGGAAGAGAGUUUCUUUCAAAAAUAGAAACAAAAAGAAGCAUAAAAAAAUGGAAGACGUUGUAUUGUUAGUGGAUGAAUGGCAAUCAAAUUGCGCAGUAUCUCACUGUAGAAUUUGCCACGAAGCAGAAUUUGAAAGUUGCAAGAGCUUAGAAGCUCCUUGUGCUUGUUCCGGAACUGUUAAGUUCGCUCACAGAGAUUGCAUACAGAGAUGGUGUAACGAGAAAGGAAACACAACUUGUGAAAUAUGUCUUCAGAAGUAUGAACCAGGAUACACGGCACCUUCAAAAAAGUCUCAGCAAGUAGAUGCAAUGACAAUUAGAGAUAGCGUGGAAAUUCCAAGAAGAGAACAUGAUCCGGAAAGCCUAGGCAAUCUGGCCAUUGAAGAAGGAGUAACAGUUGAUUCCGCCUAUUCUGAGUGCGCGUCCGCCGCAGAUAGGAGUGCAUCUUACUGCCGUUCAUUAGCUUUAACUUUUACGGCCCUUUUGCUUUUGAAACAUCUGUUUGCAACACUCACAGGCGGAACAGAGGAUUACCCCUUUACAAUCCUCACUAUACUUGUCUUAAGGGCCAGUGGGAUUCUUCUUCCAAUGUUUCUAGUGAUUAGGACAAUUGCAGCGGUUCAGAAAAUCAUUAAGAGACAAUAUCAGGAAUUGGAUGAUGAAGAAGAGAACGAAGAUGACACGUCAACAAACUCUGAUGGAGAUGAAGAUGCGCAGCAACACUUGGUAUAAAAUGCAUGUCAAUAAAUUUUAAUAUUAAUUUGUCCAUUAUUUCGAUUUGUAUUAGAGCAUUUCAUCAAUGCUCAUUCAUCUUGUCAAUAUUCUUCACCCCUUUUUGUGGGCAAAAUGGGAAAAAAAAAAAUAAAAAUUCAUUUUUAUAUGGGAA